AUGCAUGGGUCUCUAGUGUCAAGCAAAAAGAGGAUCUUGAACAGCAGAAACAACUCCUCAAAUCCCGAUACCCAACCUAUGAACUUAUCAGCAAUAUUGGAUCAGAGGUCAACUUCAAAUAACCGGGACUUAAGAUCUUAUUGGAACGAACAAGUCGCGGAAUGGUCUCAGGAAUUGUGGUUACCCAUCAUGACUGACUCUGCCGCUUUGCCUUCAAUCUCAUCCA